AUGAAACGAGUUCUUGCUUUCUUCGCUUUGCUGCCUCAUGUCGUCGCCGGGACGCAAAGGUUCGAAGCUGCUUCACUCUUCGACCUCUACGAGCAUGGCCUCCUUCCGGAGGUUGACGUUGCUGGCCUACGCCUGAAAAGUGUUCACAUUGCGCACAAAGUUUCGCGGGGCGCGAAGGAAGGCUUCAUGCGGCAAAAGAAACCGUCUUGGAGGUGGACGAAGACAAGGGUGCCCGAGGACUUCCAAAGCCGCUACUUCGACGAGAUGUCCCCCGCCCACGCCUUGCGUGGAAGACUCCUCUCCAGCGUACCGCGCUCCAACAUCCUGAAAGAGGCGGCCUCUGCACCUUUCGCAUUCCGCACGCCCCGGGACAAGGUCCGGUCUGUUACGGCUCUUCUUGCAGCAAGCAUACCCCUAGCAGAGUACCAGAAUGUUACGUUCAACUACGCACAGUUCAAGGAAGUCUACGACAAGGGCGACAGCUUCUUCAUUAAUUGGUGUGAGAACACCUCUAUCGCCAACAACGCCUCCGAGUGCAUCGAAUCUGUCAAUGCUUCUUUCGGAGCAAACUUGGCUAGUAUGGAAGCCACAGCUCUGACGGAAAGCCGGACGGAGCUACGGACGGCUGCCGGAACUGCUUGGAUUCGUGACGGCUUCAUUGGGGCUCGAUCUGACGGCUGUGCGCAGGCUGGGCAGAUCGGGGAGCGCUGCUUUGGAGAUGAGGGCGUGGCCAUGUCCACGUAUGAGGACACCGACUCAAUCAUCCUCGUGCUGCAGGCGGGGCUGGGAACCUCGGACCUGGCAAAUCUCAUUUGGCAGAACAAGGCCUGGUUGCUGGAGCAGUUUGAGGACUCUCUGCGAGAGCAGUGGCUCAUCAGCGCCCAGCAGGCCGCCUCAACGAACAUCACUUGGAGGAAAGCAGAUCAGGCGCACGAGUUUCCCAUCCGUUGUGCGUUCCUCAACGAAGCAUAUUCUCCCUUCGUGGAUGCAGAAACGGUCAGCGUCGGAUCAGGGAUUGCCCAGAGCUACCUGGACACCGAAGGUCUCUGGCCUUUGAUCAAGAACCUGGUGCGGACAGUCUUGGCAGAAGGCCAGCAAUUCGUGAAAACCGUAUACCUUGCUGGAAUGGGUCUGGGCGGUUCACAUGCUGCCUUGGCGAGCAUGUGGCUCAAGAAGAACGAAGACAAGGUCUAUGACACCUACGUCAUUGCAGCUCCCGGAUUCCAGUGCACGGCCAAAAGUCUCUACUCCAAGGACAUGAUGCACUACGACACCCAUUCGCAGAUCAAAGUUUACCUGCAUGUCAUGGAUGUACUGGCCGGAUCCGUCGACCAGUACAGUGGAACUGUCUGUAAAUAUGGCCUUCACAAUUUCACGGCUUCCGAAUCCUUCUACGAAUCUUGUGGACGGAUUGUGGGCCACACUGGCCCGGAACUGUUUUGGAGGCCUUCCACUACCAGCACCACGACGACACUCGAGUUGGCCACGGACGAGCAGGUGGCUGCACAGCAGGCACUCGAGCAGUACAAUCAAAACAUCACCGAGGCUAAGGCGGCUUUUGACGAGUGCGUCUUCUUCACGCACUCCAUUUGGUAUGCGCUGCUGCUCUUCGUGAAUGAGGACACUUUGAAUCUGGAUGGUUCAACGGAUGGUGGCUGCCAGACUGUGGACCCCAUCGACCAGGAAGACAAGUAUGGAAGAUGCCCAACUACCGACACUGCAACAACAGAUUGCAACAGCUUCUUUGAGCCGCAGGCACAGGUGUCAAUGCAAAUGCUUGGCAUGAUCGUCGGCAUAACUGGUGCUGUGAUCUUGUGCUGCGCGAUAUUGGGCAUCGCUGCGGUUCGGCAUAUCCAGAAGAACGCCAUGGACGACGUCAGUAUGUCGGCUGAUCAUGGACCGCCCUCCAACGGAUGCAUGGCCAGGCUUUUGAGGAACUGUGGCAUCUACGUCGGUGCAGGUAAGCGGGAUCGAGCCAAAGAGGCCAGAAUUCGAGCCAAGAGGGCACGGGACAAGCGGAAGAAUCGCAACCAGGAGAAAACCACUUUGCUCGAGGACGGCACAGAAGCAACGCCAACACCAGGCGUGAUGGUUCCCUCCUCGACUGUCGUGGGGAAGCAGGGGGACACAGAGAGCUUGCCACCUGACUCCACCAUCGGUGAGGAGCCGGAGAUAGAGGAGAAGAAGGCGAAGAAGGAAAAGAAGGAGAAGAAGGACAUCGGGAUAGACUGUGGCGCUCAGGGCAGGAUUUGGGAGGGUGGGUGA